AACCGCGAUUGACUAAUAUCUGUAUACACGCAUUUAUCUGGUUUCGUGUUCUCGCUUUCUACGCCAAGCUCCGUCUCGCAUUUUCCACAGAGAGAGAGAGAGAGAGAGAGAGAGAUGAGUUACCAGAAUGUGCCCCAGGAGCCAUACCCUCCGCCAGGGUAUGGAUCAACAACCUAUUACCCCUCCGCGCCACCAGCACAAGGCCCACCGCCACCACCACCGCCCCAAUACGACGGUUACGGUGCACCUCCACCGCCACCGCCACCGCAACCCGGAUAUCCGUACCCGCCACCUCCUUACCCGGGAUACCAAGGGUAUUUCAGUCAAGGGUACCCUCCGCCACCGCCGCAGCCACCUCAGCCUUACCAAAUCUACCAUUGUGAGCAUUACCAAUACCAACACGAGUCCGGUUGUUUCUCGUUCCUUCGAGGCUGUUUUGCUGCGCUUUGUUGCUGCUGUCUGUUGGAGGAGUGCUGCUUCUAAGCUGCUAUGAGUUCUACAUGAUGUACGGGGCUGGCUUCUCAUAAUCAUUUACAUAUCUUGGGAGUUCUGCUCUCUGUACCUGUUCUCUCUCCCAUUGUUCUUGAAUAUAUCCCUCUUUGGUAUUGCGUGUGGAUCUUGCAAUUGUGUACUGAAAUUUGUAAAUACUGCGCUAUUGACAAUAUUUGUAAAGAACUAAAGCUCUUCUUUGGCAUGGUACAGUAUCUGGUUAUCUUUUACA